AUGGAUACAUCAGAAAAUAUAAACCCUAAGUCGAAUAUGAAAUUUAGGGAUGACCCAGCAGCAGAAGAUUCGCAACAUGGUCAUUUCAUGAGACAAGCCUUGUUGAUGGGGGAGAAAGCUAUCGAGUUCAAUGAAACACCUGUGGGCUGUGUUCUGGUGUACAAUAAUCAGAUUGUGGGAUUUGGCAUGAAUGACACCAACAGAUCUAUGAAUGGUACAAAACAUGCCGAAUUUAUAGCAAUUGCACAGAUGCUUCAACGCUAUCCCAGGUCGGCACUGAAAUCCACUGAUCUCUAUGUAACGGUUGAACCCUGUGUUAUGUGUGCCUCUGCAUUGAAGCAGUAUCGCAUACGCAAUGUGUACUUUGGCUGUGCCAACGACCGGUUUGGAGGCACCGGCGGUGUUCUGUCCCUACAUGCCGACUCCUCAAUCGAUCCAACGUACCCUGCCUACGGUGGACUGUUUGAAAAAGAAGCAAUUAUGCUACUUCGUCGAUUCUAUAUCCAAGAGAACGAGAAAGCUCCUAAUCCCAGACCCAAAAAGAACCGAGAAUUGAACACAAAAUUUGAGGACAGUGAAGAAGUGCCAGCAUUGCAAGGGCAAUAA